GCCCAUCUCUUUUUGGGUGGAGAAUUACUAAUCCAAUGGGUAUCAGAGUUUAUAAAGAAUUUUUAGGAAUUUUCCUCCUGUGUGCUUACUAUUUUUCGUCUUUAGCCUCUGGCUUAGAUAUUCUUACAGCAUCUGAGAGCAUGAAAGAUCCUGAUACUCUUAUCUCUAAUAGCACCAAUUUCACACUUGGAUUUUUCAGCCCCAAGAAUUCAUCCAAUCGUUACCUAGGAAUUUGGUACAUGUUAAAAACCAGUGUGGUAUGGGUGGCUAACAGAAACGAACCACUCACAGAUUCUUCUGGGAUUCUCAAGAUAUCUGAAAAUGGCAAUCUGGUGAUCCAAGAUGGAAAGGAACAUGUUGUUUGGUCAUCAGAUGGAUCAGAUAAUGACACGUCCCAUGUCACUUUGCAGCUGCAGGAUUCUGGAAAUCUUGUGCUGCUGAACAACAUCACAGGAAAAGUUAUAUGGCAAAGCUUCGACCAUCUUUCUGACACAACACUGCUACACAAUAAUGAUGGUUCUAAUGCACAAGAAGGUCAGAAAUUCAUGUUGACAUCAUGGAAGAGCCCUUUUGAUCCAUCCAUGGGAAGCUUUGCUGCUUCUAUUCAACCUACUAUAAUUCCUCAACCAUUCAUUUGGAAAAACAGUCACACAUAUUGGCGUGGAGGUCCGUGGGACGGUCGAAUCUUCAUUGGUAUACCCAAUUUGGACAAUCAGUAUCUCAAUUAUGGAUUCACUUCACAAAAUGUAAAUGGUACAUUCUAUGUAUAUUUUGUAUAUAUACACCAGUUACCAUUAUCAUUCUAUAAGUUGAACUUUGAAGGGAAAUUGGUAUUUAAUAGUUGGGAUGACAAUAAGAAACAGUGGGUGCCUCAAUGGACAGUGCAGCAAUCAGACUGUGACAUUUAUGGCAUUUGUGGAUCGUUUGGCAGUUGUGAUCCACUAAGAAAGCCAAUUUGUAGCUGUUUGAGAGGUUUUUUGCCAAGAAAUGCAGAAGAAUGGAAUGAAGGAAACUGGACUAAUGGGUGCAUAAGGAGGAAACCAUUGAAAUGUGAGAGAGUAAAAAAUGAAACCAGGAAUGGAUAUGAUGAUGAUGAAGAUGGGUUUGUGCAAUUGGAGAAUACCAAGGUUCCAGACCUACUAAAUGGGACUUUCACUGUAUCAGCAUUACCAGAUUGCAGAAUCCAGUGCUUGAACAACUGUUCCUGCUUAGCAUACGCCUAUGAUGCUGGCAUUGGCUGUAUGAUGUGGAGUGAAAAUCUGAUUGACAUACAAAGGUUCUCAAAUGAUGGUCUCAACCUGUACAUUCGUCUGGCAAAUUCGGAACUAGAAGAAAAGAGUAACUUAGCAGUUAUAAUUUCAAUUCCAGUGACAAUAGGAACAAUUCUUGUCGCAGCUUGUGCGUAUGUCAUAUGGAGAUGUUCCGCUAAACAUCAAGAAGAACCAUUGACAAUCAUAGACAAUGAAAUCUCUAGUGAGAUGCUAAAGGAACUACCACUGUUUGAAUUUGCAAAGCUCGCAGUCUCAACCAACAACUUUCAUUCUGCUAAUAAGAUUGGACAGGGAGGUUUUGGCCCAGUAUACAAAGGAAAAUUGCAAGAUGGACAAGAAAUUGCAGUUAAAAGACUUUCAAGUGUAACAGGACAAGGCCAUGAAGAAUUUAUGACUGAGGUAGUGGUGAUUUCUAAGCUUCAGCAUCGCAAUCUUGUGAGACUUCUUGGUUGCUGUGUAGAGGGAGGUGAAAAGAUGUUAAUUUACGAAUACAUGCCAAAUAAAAGUUUGGAAGCAUAUCUCUUUGGUCCACUCAAACAAGAUGUCCUUGAUUGGCAAAAGCGUUAUCAUAUAAUAGAAGGAACUGCUCGAGGUUUGCUCUAUCUUCAUAGAGAUUCAAGACUAAGAAUUAUACAUAGAGAUCUCAAGGCAAGUAAUGUCUUAUUGGAUCAAGAGCUAAAUCCUAAAAUAUCAGAUUUUGGUACAGCAAGGAUUUUUGGAGUUAGCAAAGAUGAAGGCUAUACAAGAAGAGUAGUUGGAACAUACGGCUAUAUGCCUCCAGAAUAUGCAAUAACAGGCAUUUUCUCUGAGAAAUCAGAUGUCUUUAGUUUUGGAGUUUUGCUAUUGGAGACAAUUAGUGGGAGGAAAAACACAAGCUUCUACAAUGAUCAGCAAGCUCUAAGUCUAAUAGGAUUUGCAUGGAAACUAUGGAAUGAAGAGAAUAUCAUGCCUUUAAUAGAUCCUAAGAUACAUAACCCACAGUUUGAAGAGGAUAUGAUGAAAUGCAUACAUAUCGGAUUAUUGUGCGUGCAAGAAUUUGCAAAAGACCGACCUACCAUGGAUUCUGUCAUCUUAAUGCUGCACAGCAAGAUUGUCAAUUUGCCUUUCCCCAAGCAACCAGCCUUCAUCAAUUGGCAGGCUGCAUUUGCAGAGAGUUCCCAAAAUCAACAAAAAUCUAGCUCCAAUUAUCAUGUCACUAUCACAAACAUCCAGGGUAGGUAGAACUAUUCGACAAACAUCCAGGGUAGGUAGAACUAUCCUGUUAUUUCACUUCUAAUCAUGUUUUCAAUGACUUCUUUUAUCACGACUAUGUAGUGCCUUUAGGAAUUGAGCAAUGUAAUAUUAACUCCUGUGUGAAAACGUAAUUGUAAAUGUUAAAUUGGCUCCUUGUAAUUCAGGCACUGCCAUGUUUCAAAAUCUAUGGAGGAUAUACUUCCAAUCAAUCCAUUCAAUGGUACAGAUAAAAAUUUAAAUAGGAAUGUAGUUCUUAGCAAUUUGCAAACCAUA